AGAACUUAAAUCAGACUUUGACAAAAAAGCACUAUAGAAAAACAACAAAAAGAUUAGUGCCUCUGCUUGGGGAAAAUGUGGCUAUUCUGCUUUGUCAACCAGUCAUCAUGUGUAUGCAGCCUUAACAAGGUCAAACUGAGCAAGAAACACCUUUCUGCAAAGGGAAUGUUUUUUGGACAAUAACAAGCUCAUGGUUUUCUGUCUGCUAGUUCUGCUUGUUCAUGCCGUGUCUUUUUCCUUUUUUUCCCCCCAGGAUUAUUAUCCGAGAGGAUUUAAACCUUGCUUUUAAAAAGCUUCUUGAAGAUGCCUGCUGCCUGUGAUUCAGUGCUUGAAGAUAUUGAAGAUAUUGUGUCAGCAGAAGAUUUGAAACCACAUGAUCGACAGUUUGUAAGAAAGAAUGUUUUUCCAAAAGUGCGAAAACGCAAUUCACAAAGAAAUAUUCAGACAGAUGAUGAUCCCCCAAGUGACAGCAUUAUUCCUGGUGUUCAGAAGAUCUGGAUUCGUACAUGGGGAUGUUCUCACAAUAAUUCAGAUGGUGAAUAUAUGGCUGGACAGCUGGCUGCAUAUGGAUACAAAAUUACAGACAAUUCUGCUGAAGCUGAUUUAUGGUUGCUGAACAGUUGUACAGUAAAAAAUCCUGCCGAGGACCACUUCAGAAAUUCAAUUAAGAAAGCCCAAGAAGGGAAGAAGAAAGUGGUUCUAGCAGGCUGUGUGCCACAAGCCCAACCUCGACAGGACUACCUGAAAGGCCUGAGUAUUAUAGGGGUUCAGCAGAUAGAUCGUGUAGUAGAAGUUGUGGAGGAAACUAUUAAAGGUCAUUCUGUGAGACUGUUGGGUCAGAAAAAAGAUAAUGGAAAACGUUUGGGGGGAGCACGACUGGAUUUGCCAAAGAUUAGGAAGAAUCCACUGAUAGAAAUAAUUUCCAUCAAUACAGGGUGUCUCAACGCAUGUACCUAUUGCAAAACUAAGCAUGCCAGAGGAGAUCUAGCAAGUUAUCCAAUUGAAGAACUAGUGAACCGAGCCAAACAGUCUUUUCAAGAGGGUGUUUGUGAGAUAUGGCUGACCAGUGAAGACACAGGGGCUUAUGGCAGAGACAUUGGCACAGAUCUCCCUACGCUUCUGUGGAAGCUGGUUGAAGCUAUUCCUGAGGGAGCUAUGCUGAGGCUUGGCAUGACAAACCCUCCCUAUAUUUUAGAGCAUCUGGAGGAAAUGGCGAAGAUUCUCAGUCAUCCAAGAGUAUAUGCUUUUCUGCACAUACCGGUCCAGUCUGCCUCCGACAGUGUGCUCAUGGACAUGAAAAGAGAAUACUGCGUGGCAGACUUCAAACAAGUGGUAGAUUUCCUUAAAAAAAAAGUGCCUGGAAUAACAAUUGCUACAGACAUCAUCUGUGGUUUUCCAGGAGAGACAGAUGAAGAUUUUCAAGAAACAGUGAAACUUGUUGAACAGUACAGAUUUCCAAGUUUGUUUAUUAAUCAAUUUUACCCACGUCCAGGAACCCCAGCUGCAAAAAUGCAUCAAGUUCCAGCUGCAGUGAAAAAACAGAGAACAAAGGAUCUGUCCCAGCUGUUUCAUUCGUACAAUCCAUAUGAUCAUAAGGUUGGUGAGAGGCAGAGAGUUCUGGUAACAGAAGAAUCUUUUGAUUCCAAUUACUAUGUUGCUCACAAUCCUUUCUAUGAGCAGGUUCUUGUGCCAAAGGAUCCUCUGUUAAUGGGUAAGAUGGUAGAAGUGAAUAUUUAUGAAGCUGGGAAACAUUUUAUGAAGGGGAAACCAGUGUCAGAUGCCAGAGUUUACACUGCAUCCAUCACCAGACCGUUAGGAAAAGGAGAAGUUUCUGGUUUAACGGAGGAGUUCAGACAUACACUGCAGAAUGGCACAAACUGGAAAGCACAGCCUUCUGCUGAGAUCCCAGUGAAAACACCUCUCAGCUCAUGGAUGGCUUUGCAGCUCCCAUGGCAACAAGAAGGCGGUGGACUGAAGAUACUGUCUGUCAGCCUGGCUCUGCUGGCACUUCUUGUUAUGUUUUACUACGGAGGAAUGAAAACAGAACUGUGAACUGAAUGAGGCUUUUAUGAAAACAAUAAAACUGCUGUUUAAAAUCUUCAAAGGAAACACUUCUUUGACCAACAUUU